ACACGGAGAAUCAGUUCUGCAGUCCAACUGAAAUGGAGACAGUUGUCAACAGUGAGAGGUGUCAGAAACAUAGCCUGGUGUGUGCAACUGUCUCCCCCUUGGACAAGUGUCUCCAGUGUGUGGGACCUGUGUCCUCCCUCAAGUGGCUUGGCUAUAAAUGCAGAGAACUCCCACAGGAAAAUGUUUGUACGGUGGAGGAGGACGGGGUUUUCAGUGACCAGCACCUUGAUAACCUGGAGAGGAGCUGCAGCCCGGACCAGGAGGAACCGGAGCAUCCACAGACUACAGAACCGGAGGAAGACUCCAGCGGUCAGGAGAUGAAGCACAAGGACGUAGACGUGGAUGUCUCAUUGGUCAAUGUCGCUGAUGUGAAAGUUGAAAAUGGUGAACCAGGACCAAACUGUGGCCAGCUGCUGUUGCACACUUCUCCUGAAGCUCAUAACAAAGAUGAGGAAGGGACUGAAAGUUUACGCUCAGACUCCAGUAAAACUGCAGAUCCGGAGCCAAUGAGACGACACGGUGACCACGAAGAUGCUGCUGUCCCGUCAGACAGCAACUGUAAACCAAAGCUGAUCAGGACCUACACGAGGAAGAAGGUUUCUACUAAGGAAAUGCCUCCAGAAGAUUCUGGUGUUACAAAGUCUUCCUCCACAAUUGAAGAUUUGGAACAGAUGGACACGGAGAAUCAGUUCUGCAGUCCAACUGAAAUGGAGACAGUUGUCAACAGUGAGAAGUGUCAGAAACAUAGCCUGGUGUGUGCAACUGUCUCCACCUUGGACAAGUGUGUGGGACCUGUGUCCUCCCUCAAAUGGCUUGGCUACAAAUGCAGAGAACUCCCACAGGAAAAUGUUUGUAAGGUGGAGGAGGACGGGGUUUUCAGUGACCAGCACCUGGAUAACCUGGAGAGGAGCUGCAGCCCGGACCAGGAGGAACCAGGGCAUCCACAGACUACAGAACCGGAGGAAGACUCCAGCGGUCAGGAGAUGAAGCACAACGACGUAGAGGUGGAUGUCUCAUUGGUCAAUGUCGCUGAUGUGAAAGUUGAAAAUGGUGAACCAGGACCAAACUGUGGCCAGCUGCUGUUGCACACUUCUCCUGAAGCUCAAAACAAAGAUGAGGAAGGAACUGAAAGUUUACGCUCGGACUCCAGUAAAACUGCAGAUCCACAGCCAAUGAGACGACACGGUGACCACGAAGAUGCUGCUGUCCCGUCAGACAGCAGCUGUAAAUCAAAGCUGACCAGGACCCACACGAGGAAGAAGGUAUUUUCUUGCAGAACUUGCGGGAAAGAGUUCAGUAAAAGUUGUAAUUUAAUGGAUCACAUAAAGAUCCACACCGGCAAAAGGCCGCACCUGUGCAACACUUGCGGAAAAACCUUUACUCAAUCAUCACUUCUUAAACGCCACAUAGCCACGCACACGGGCGAGAAGCCCUACAUCUGCAAAACAUGUGGAAAAAGUUACAGGCAACGUUCCACCCUGGUGGUUCACUUGAGGAUCCACACCGGUGAAAGGCCGUUCGUGUGCAACACCUGCGGAAAAACCUUUACUGAUUCAUCAGCUCUUAAACGCCACAUAUACACGCACACGGUCGAGAAGCGAUAUUUGUGCAACACGUGCAACAAAGGUUUUGACCGCAGAAUUGAUUUGCUGAGACACAUGAUAUAUCACCCGGAGGAGAAGUCUGGUGACUCGUGACAAAUGAAGCUCAUGUCAUCGUCCUCCGGGGGCAGCUGUCCACUCCUGUCUGACCCACAGAAGAAGAACCCGCAGAAGUCCAACCACCACCUCCUGUGGCUGAUGAGCCUACUCCCCUCCCCACAAGAGUUGCAGGUUAAACCCGGAUUUAUGUUUGUCCGUCAACUUGACGCAGAGGGAACGAUGAGGUUGUGUUGCGAUGGGGUUUUUUUUUUUUAAGUUCUGCAUUUGUCUGUCUGUGUGAAUAUAAUAUAGAAUUGACUUGGAAUAUUAGAUAUGAUAGAGUAUUAUAUGAUGGGUAUAUGUAUGUGUAUAUGUAUAUGUGUGUAU